GUGACAGUUUCGGCUCACUUUCUAACUUGUAUAUUUUAGAAAGGAAAGUGAAGUUCACGGCCUUGGUUUAGCAAAUUAAACCAACGAUGUCAUUCAUCGUUGCACUGACGUUACUGUGCUCAGUAAUGACAAGUUACUCAUCAGUUAUAUGUCCUGAUGCUGAAACUGAAUGUCCAGAUAGUAGUACAUGUUGCUUAAUGAGCAACAACAAGUAUGGAUGUUGUCCACUACCCAAUGCAACCUGUUGUAGUGACAAAACUCAUUGUUGUCCCAAUGGUUUUUCUUGUGAUCCAACCUCACAAACAUGCUAUAGAGGCAAAGAAAGAAUUUUGAUGUCCUUAAAAGUUUCAGCAAGACCAAAGAGUUUUAAUGGUGUGCUUUGCCCAGAUGGACAAUCAGAAUGUCCUGAUGGAAGUACUUGCUGCAGACUGUCUUCUGGACAAUAUGGAUGUUGUCCUUUACCAAAGGCGGUGUGCUGUUCUGAUCAUAUCCAUUGCUGUCCAAAUGGUUAUACGUGUGACACAAGUGGUGGAACGUGCAAUAAAGGUUUGUCAAUAGUUCCCAUGGUGAAGAAAUUGCAAUCAAAACCCUUGAAGGGUGUAAUUUGUCCAGAUGGAACAUCAGAAUGUCCUGAUGGUAGUACAUGUUGCAUUCUGUCUUCUGGACAAUAUGGAUGUUGUCCUUUACCAAAUGCAGUGUGCUGUUCUGAUCAUAUCCAUUGCUGUCCAAAUGGUUAUACAUGUGACACAAGUGGUGGAACGUGCAAUAAAGGUUUGUCAGUAGUUCCCAUGGUGAAGAAAUUGAAAGCAAAGAACUUAAGGAGUGUAACGUGUCCAGAUGAAACAUCAGAAUGCCCUGAUGGUAAUACAUGUUGCAAACUGUCUUCUGGACAAUAUGGAUGUUGUCCUUUACCAAAUGCAGUGUGCUGUUCUGAUCAUAUCCAUUGUUGUCCAAAUGGUUAUACAUGUGACACAAGUGGUGGAACGUGUAAUAAAGGUUUGUCAGUAGUUCCCAUGGUGACGAAAUUGAAAGCAAAGAAAUUAAGGAGUGUAACGUGUCCAGAUGGAACAUCAGAAUGCCCUGAUGGUAGUACAUGUUGCAAACUGUCUUCUGGACAAUAUGGAUGUUGUCCUUUACCAAAAGCAGUAUGCUGUUCUGAUAAUGUUCAUUGCUGUCCCAGUGGCUAUACAUGUGACACAGGAGCUGGGAUUUGCACAAAGGGAUCAUCAAUGAUUGCCAUGAUGAGGAAAGUUAAUUCCAGGAAGAUUGUAAAAAAGACAUUUAAUCGAGAUUGUCCAGAUCAAUCACAAUGUUUGUACUAUGAGACUUGUUGUCUAAUGGAGUCUGGCUGUUAUGGGUGCUGUCCUUUACCCAAUGCUGUUUGCUGUCCAGAUCACCAGCAUUGCUGCCCUAACGGUUACAACUGUGAUAAGUAUUCCAAUACCUGCUAUGCGUCAGCCAAGAUAAUCCCUUGGAUACCACACCGUCCUUCCGAGCAAAAGAUUCAUUCAGAUGGAAGUGUUAAGUGCAAAGAUGGCUCAGAAUGUAAUAGCGGUGAAACGUGCUGCGAGACCACCUCUAAAAAGUAUGCAUGUUGCCCGUUGCCAUCUGCAGUUUGCUGCUCAGAUAAGGAGCACUGCUGUCCGGCUGGAUAUACAUGUGACGAACAAGGAAAUAAAUGCACUAGAGGAGCCAGAGUAGUACCUAUGGUAGCUAAGUCACCUUCAAGGAAUCCUUUAAAGUUUAAGUCCGUGCCUAUCAAAGUUUCUCCAACUCCUACAGUUGUGGACAGCGUGGUUCGUUUCGUACCGAAUGACAGCAAAGAUGAGUGCAACUGCGGUCUGUAUAAGACGUGUUGUAAUGUAUCGAAAGGUCAAACAUACUGCUGCCCAUUACCUAAUGCCUCUUGCUGUUCCGAUGGUCGACAUUGUUGUCCUCAGGGAUUUACGUGUGAUUCAAGUAAAGGAUGUAUUAAAAAGUGAACAUGAACAAAAGGCCGUAUUAUCAUAAAUAGCGAUUUUCAAACAUUCGCCUCGCGUAAGGUAAUCCAGAACUAGGCUGGGUUCCAGAUCCUGGGGAUUCUUAAUCCAGUCGCUCAGAUUCCUGAUUUUUUCUGGAUUUUGGAUUCCAGAUUUUCUUUUGUAUUUUGUAUUCCAAUUAUUAUAAUGUCUGGAUUCCGGAUUCCAUAGUUAUAUUUUUCUUGGACUCCGGAUUCAGGAUUACCUUACAUGGGUCGCGUAAUUAUCUCCAUUAGUAAUUUUAAAAUUAGUUUAAAAUGAUGUAACCUAAAGUAUGAAGACAAAGUCAAGUAAGUUAAUCAUAACUCAGUUUUGAAAAUUGUAAUUACCUCACUUAUAAAUAUAGAGCGGAUUUCGUAUGACUGUGCAAAAGCACGGAUCACAGCACGGACACGGCACGGCACGGUCAUGGAACCUCGCCUUCUAGGAUUUCAAAUACAAGUAAAGAUUUUCCAAUGCAUCACGGCUACGGCACGGUACGGACACAGCACGAACGUACCAUGUUUUUUUUUUGCACAGUCAUACGAAAUCUGCUCUAAGCAAAAAUUAGCCACCGUUAUGCCCGUUUAAUGCACAAUUUAGGUAGACUGAAUUUCUUUAAAUAUCAUCUUCAUGUAUUUGUUGGCCAGGAGCUGGUUGUUCGAAGGGUGAAUAGCGCUAUCCACCGGAUAGAUCCUUAUCCAGAAGAUGUAAUCCUCACAAAAUCGACUGAGUGGAUAACCUUGAUUAUACACCCUUAGUUAAACUGGCUCCAGCAGUGUKUCAUUAGUAUAACGUAAAAUUUCGUGUACGUUUUCGUAGCGCUUUUGCUGUUUCCUCUCCGUCUUCACUUGGGAAUAAAAAUCAAAAUCGCUAUAAAAACGCAUUGAAUUGAUAGAAUUACAAAUCACUGUCAUUUGAUAAAAUUGUUUAGCAUUACUUUUUAUGAAAUAAAAGCUACAAUAUUUGCAAUGUA